UUUGUGAAAAAAAAAAUCUUUAGUUUACAGAUUUUCACGACAAAAAAAGAAAAAUACAGAAACCUAAUUUGUGUCAAACUUUUGACUGGUUUAUUGCGUCAAGCAGCUGAAGAUUAAAAUGAUGAACGUAUUUUGUUACACAUUAAAGACAAGGAUUGUGUUGCUGUUGAGGUGAGGUAUCAUAAAACAUGUUACAAUGAAUAUACAAAACUUUAUAAAUCUUUAAUACCACCUUCAGAGAUAUCUACCAGCAACUUAAUGUAUAAGUUGUUCUUUGAAUCAUUUUGUAGACAAGUUAUUGACACUAAAAUCAUCAAGUUAAAAAAAGUUUAUUGCCCAAGUUAUUUUACUGAAUAUUUUAUUAAAAUUGUUAAAAGAGUAGAAAAUUUGGAUGCUAGCAAUUAUAAAAGCUGUCGCUUAAAAAAAAGAUUAAUAAAUUGUGAUUUGGUAUUUUAUCAGCCAUUUUAUCGCAGUCAAAGUGAAUUUGUUUUUUAUGAGGAUAUAGGUGCAGUUGUUUUAAAUAAAGAAAUUGAUGAGCUUGAUUCUCAAAAUUCACAAGAAUCAGGUCUUUCAGAUAAUAAUGAAACUGAAAGUGAACAAGAGAACGAUUUAUUUAAUGUUAGUUAUUCUGCCUUUCAUCAAGUUUGUAUGAAAAUUAAAGAAUCUCUGAAAAUGUGGAACUGGGGUUAAAAAUGCUUGGCCACCACUAGCGUCAGAUUUUAGUUUUGAAAACAUUGAAAGUGGAAUUUUCUGUCAAUAAUUCUUGAUUAUACAGAUGAAGUUAGUUACA